CUCUCUCUCACACACAUAGGAGGCUCAAAAAGCAGCAGUCGCCGUGUGGAAGCCAAUAUUAAAGGAGGGACUGGACGGAGACGAGAACCCGAGCGAUGCGACUGUGUGUUCCCGCACACACACGCAGACGACGAUAAUGGAUAGAUAGCAUUUAUGUAACCUUCACUCAAGUAGAUAGUCGCGUCUUCUAUUUUCAUAAGUGCGCCCUCACUUGAGGCUUUUGUUGUCCUUUUUUUAUUCUCUCAAGUAUCCCUAAGGAUUAUCUGUCUGCUUGGAAGUGAGCUGCCGGGCUUUAGUGUGCGCCAAUGCAUCACUAAUUUCCGACAAGGUGCUGCUGGAUUGGACGCCAACAAGAAGGAUCCAGAGCUGGGGUCUUGACGCGUAGCAGCGGACCGGUUCACUGCGGUAGUCUGCAAGCCGACCCCUCUCUACACGCCAGCCGGCUUGCAGAGUCACGAUGGCCGGCUUCAUACCGGGUCUGCUGCCGACAAACCAUUCUCAGGAGAAGGAGUUCGCCCAGGCGUAUGAGGAUGUGCUGGAGAGAUAUAAAGAUGAGCGGGACAGGGUGCAGAAGAAAACCUUCACAAAAUGGGUCAACAAGCAUCUCAUCAAGGUGAGGAAGCACAUCACAGACUUGUAUGAAGACCUGAGGGAUGGACACAACCUGAUCUCCUUGCUGGAGGUCCUCUCUGGAGUCACCCUGCCCAGAGAAAAGGGGCGAAUGAGAUUUCAUCGUCUACAGAAUGUCCAAAUAGCGCUGGACUUCCUCAAACAGAGACAGGUCAAGCUUGUGAACAUUAGGAACGAUGACAUCACCGAUGGGAACCCCAAGCUGACAUUAGGUCUCAUCUGGACCAUCAUCCUUCACUUCCAGAUUUCAGAGAUCUAUGUGAGUGGCGAGUCAGGCGACCUCACUGCCAAAGAGAAACUGCUAUUAUGGAGCCAGCAGGCGACAGAAGGCUACCCCGGCCUCCGCUGUGUCAACUUCACCUCAUCCUGGAGCGAUGGACGCAUGUUCAACGCUCUGCUGCACAGAUACAGGCCAGACCUCAUCGACAUGGAGGUCGUGUCACGGCAGAGUAACCGGGAGAACCUCGAGCAGGCCUUCGAGAUCGCUGAGUCGCUAGGGGUGACCAGACUGCUUGACGCUGAGGACGUUGAUGUCCCAUCUCCAGAUGAGAAGUCGGUCAUCACCUACGUCUCCUCCAUCUAUGAUGCCUUCCCCAAAAUCCCUGAGGGAGGAGAGGGCAUCGCUGCAAAUGAGGUGGACCAGCGCUGGUCAGAGUACCAGUCCAGGUUCUCCUCUCUGCUCCAGUGGAGCCGCCAGCAUACGGCCCUCAUGGCCAACAAGAACUUCCCACAAAACCCUGUGGAACUCAAGGCACUUUACAACGAGUACGUCCAUUUCAAAGAGACAGAAAUCCCUGCGAAGGAGAUCGAGAAAGGUCACGUCGAACACCUCUACAAACUGCUGGAGGUGUGGAUAGAGUUCGGUCGUAUUAAACUUCCUCAGGGCCUCCAUCCCAAUGACCUUGAGGAGGACUGGGGCAAACUCAUCCUGGAGAUGCUGGACCGAGAGAAGGCUCUACGGCCGGCUGUGGAGAGGCUAGAACUGUUACUUCAGAGGGCCAAUAAGAUCCAGAACAUGGCUCUGGACUGUGAGGAGAAGCUGACCCUAGCUAAGAACACACUUCAGGCUGACAUGUCUCGAGUGGAGAGCGGUGAGGCGGUGCAGUGUGAGAAAGAACUGGCCUGCUACCUGCAGGACUGCGAGUCUCUCACCAGACAACUAAACCAGGAGCUUAAGGUCCUACGAGAUGAGAAAUACUACCAGGUGGAGCAGCUAGCAUUCAGAGUGUCCUGCCUUCAAGAGGAGCUGGUCUCCCUCAGACUGCAGUGCUCCAGUGUGUACAGGAAAGGCCACUUCUCUCAGGCUCUGGGCAGCACCGGGCCCGAGCACACUAGCCAGAGAGCCACAGACAGUGGCCUGACACUGGGCCAGACGCUGCUGGGAGCUGUGGGCGCCGUGGGAGCAGUCAGUGCCGCACUCCUGCGGCGACCCAUGGCUCGCUCCCAGCUGGUGGCCAUGUCCUCAUCAGAGGACGAAGGAAGCCUGAGGUUCAUCUACGAGCUGCUCGGAUGGGUGGAGGAGACGCAGGAGCUUUUGGAGCGUGCUGAAUGGGGCGCAGACCUUCCCUCUGUAGAAAACAACCUCCAAGAGCACAACACCAUACACACUGCAGUCGAAGAGCUAAUGAGCAGCUUACAGGAGGCCCGCAGCUAUGAGGCUAAAGUUUCUCCCAACUUCAAGAGCAAUUACUCUGAAACUCUGGCCAAGCUGGAGCACCAAUACUGCAAACUACUGGAACAUUCGUCAUGGCGCCUGCGGAGCUUGGAGAGCCUGCACGCAUUUGUAUCGCACUGCACCGAGGAGCUGAUCUGGCUAAACGAGAGAGAGGAGGAGGAGAUUGCCUUCGACUGGAGCGAAAACAACCACAACAUGAAUGCCAAGAGAGAAUUAUACAGCGAAAUGAGGUUAGAGCUGGAUGAAAAGCAAGAGGUCAUGCGGUCACUCCAGGAAACAGCCAAUCGCCUGUGUCUGGAGAACCAUCCAGCCAAACAGACUGUGGAGGCUUACAGUGCAGCCCUGCAGACUCAGUGGCAGUGGGUGAAUCAGCUCUGUGUGUGUGUAGAGCAGCACCUCAAAGAUAACACGGCCUACUUCCAGUUUAUGAGUGAUGCUCGGGACUGUGAGUCAUACCUGCGCCAGCUCCAGGAAACCAUCAAGAGACAGUACACCUGUGACAAGAACAGCAGACUGAGCAAACUGGAAGACCUACUGCAGGACUCAAUGGAGGAGAAGGAGCAGCUGAUAGAGUACAGAAGUACUGUGGCGAGCCUGGUAGGCCGGGCCAAGACGGUGGUGCAGCUCCGCCCCCGCAGCGCAGAGAGCACCCUGGGAACCACAGCACCCAUCAAAGCCAUCUGCGACUACAGACAGAUAGAGACAAACGUUCAGAUCACAAUAAGCCGAGGCGAGGAGUGUGUGCUGGAGGACAAUUCUCAAAGGACCAAGUGGAAGGUGAUCAGUCCGACUGGGAAUGAGGCCAUGGUCCCCUCAGUGUGUUUUACCAUCCCGCCUCCAAACCAGGAAGCAAUGGACACAGCCAGCAGGGCAGAGCAGUUGUACCAGAAGGUCAUGUCUCUGUGGCAUCAGCUGCAUAUAAACAUGAAGAGUGUGGUGUCCUGGCACUACCUGCUAAAAGAUAUCAGGACCGUCUCUGGAUGGAACCUGGACACGGUUCGUUGUCAGUCUCCAGCAGAGCGGGAGCAGGUCCUGGGUCACCUGGAGUCCCAGUUGGCCGACUUCCUGUCUGACAGCAAAGAGAGCACGCUGUUCACGGCAGGCGAAAGACGAGAGCUGGAGAAGGACGUUCAGCAGGCCCAGCAGCACUGCCAGGACCUGCUGCUUAACAUGGAGACCGUGGAGAAGGAUGAGUCAGUCUCUCGCUCAUACCUGUCAGAGCUGCAGAACAUCACCCUUCGUCUAAAUGAGGCCGAGCAGAGACUUAUGAGGGGGAUUGAGACUCCGCCCCCCAGUUGGCUGUCAGGUGACAGUGCUGAAAACACUGUCCAGAUUGCAGAGCAAGAGAAGCUGCAGUCAGAACUGGAUGCCCUGCGGUCCAGUUUGGGUGACGUAUCUCGCCGCUGCAUCAGUUUCUUCGAGGAGAAGCCAACAUCCUCCAGCAUCCCCGUCUUACGGUCUGAACUCAAUCAGGCUGUGGAGAAGACAGACAAACUGCACAACCUCUCGUCUGUCUACCUCGAAAAGUUAAAAACAGUAGAGAUCCUCAUGCGUCGCCUGGAUGAAGCAGAGAGCCAGGUCAGGAAGAACGAGAGUAGACUAAGUGAAGAAGAUAUUGUUCCUGCUGACACAACGGCCAUUCAAAAGCUCAGAGAUCAGCUGGGGAAGUGGCAGACGGAGCUUGCUGAGCAGGAGGACGUCUUCCAGUCGCUGCAGUCAGAGGUACUUCGAGCCAAAGAGGUGGGCUCUCAGCUCAGCAGGCUCCACCCAGACCGCAGCCCUGAGCUUGAGCGUUACCAGGAGAGAGCCAAUCAGAUGGCAGAGAGGUGGAGUGGAAUCAAGAGACAGAUGGAGACACGACGAACCGAUCUAGAAGCUCUGGGCUCAACCCUGCAGCAGUACAGAGACGGUCAUUCUGCUCUGAUCGAGUGGAUCGAAGAAACGACAGAGAGACAAGAAAACACACAACCUGGACAGACAGACAGCAAAGCACUGUCAGAACAACUGGCCCAGCAGACAGCAUUAGUAGCCGAGAUUGAACAGAACCAGGCCAAACUAGACGAGUGCCAGACCCACUCCAAACAGUACUGCACUGCAGUGAAGGAUUAUGAACUACAGCUGAUGACCUACAGAGCCUUUGUAGAAUCUACACAUAAAUCAUCUGUCAAGAGGAGAAGGAUGCACUCUUCCUCUGACGCCAUCACUCAGGAGUUCAUGGACUUGCGCACACGCUACACGGCCUUGGUCACCUUGACAACCCAGCAUGUAAAGUACAUCAGUGAUGCUCUGAGAAGACUAGAAGAGGAAGAGAAAGAGGUAGAGGAGGAGAAGCAGGCCAGAGUGGGCCAAGUUUCAGACCUGCUGGGCUGGGUCAAAGGCCUUCAGGGACGGACUGGGGGCCCCAAUGCGGAGUCUUCACUUGCUGCUCAACAGGCCAUCAGUGAGCAGCUUGCAGCCAAGAAAGAUGAAGUGGCUGAAGCCAUAAGGAGCACACAGGUCUUCCUGCUGUCAAAACAGGCCAGCAAAUUGUCCCCAGAGGAGCGUGCUCAUGUAGAGGCUCAGCUGGACGAGCUGACGGCCACAUACAACCAGCUGUGUGAUAGCUCCACCCAGCAGCUGCAGCAGCUGGAGCAGCAACUGGCCAAAGAGGAGGAAAGAAAGGUGGUUCAACAGCAGAAAGCUGAAUGCUCUCAGAAACUAGAAGGCCUUACUAUGUGGUUGGCUGGAGCUGCCAGCUUGCUGGCUAGUCAGAAAGCUGGAGCAGAGUCAGGUGAUGUGAAUGUCCUGCAAGAGAAGCAGAGAAAACUAAAGGAAGCACAGAAGGACCUCCAGACCAAACAAGAGGGAAUAGCUCAGGCUAUCCGCUCUGUGGAGGAGCUCUUGGCGGAGCGAGGAGAAAGUCUGAGCCCAGAGGAGCGGGAGAGCCUCCAGGGAACGCUAACAAGAAUGAAGGAGCAGUACAGUGCCCUCACUGAUUCAGUUAACACGUCACUGUCAGAGGUGGACACAGCCAUCAACACCACUGUACAGCAGAACACACAGAGGGCAAAGGCUGAGGAGGAGCUCCAGGAGACCCGAGGCCAUAUAGACUCUCUGCUGAAAGAUUUGUCCUCCCUUAACCAACCAGGCAGGAGAGGAGUUGGAUCUGGAGUGGGCAAAGAUGUUCAUGAUGCACCAUUCUCACAGCCAGAGGGCGCUGUGAUGUCACACACAGAGAUGCUGCAGGCGGAGCUUCAGCAGCUUCAGUCUCAACAGGCCCAGCUACUUCAGAUCACGCAGUCAGCUCGCUCUCUUCUUGACCAACCUGACUCUACUGUUCCUCCUGAAGAGAAGCAACGUCUCAGAGCUGCCCUGGAUCAGCUGCAGGUCCAGCACCAGGACAGGCUGCAGAGUUGCCAGGACCGCCUGAGGAAAUCUGAAGCUCUGAAGGAUGAGCUGACGAAGUUCCUCCAAGAACAUGGAAGUCUAGUUGCCUGGCUGGAACAAAGUGAACAGGAGCUCCGUUCUCUAGGGGAAGGAGAAACUGAUGCACAAGGACUAAAGGGCAGGCUGGAGGAGCACAGAAAGCUUGGUGAGGAUGUAAUUUGCCACAAGGCAGACCUGCGCUUUGUCUCCAUCUCUGGUCAGAAGGUUCUGGACUCUGUUCAGGGAGCUCUGGAGCAAGCUGGUCAUUCAGACCCAGCAAUGGACAGCACCAAGCAGCUGGUAACUGAAAAGCUGCAGGAUGCUAACCACAGAUACACAACCCUACACACAAAGUCAACAGAGUUGGGCAGCCGUUUGUCCAGCCUGUUGGAGAGGUACCAGCAGUACCAGGAUGAGGUCGUCUCCCUCCACUCUUGGCUCAGCACCCAGGAACAGAACCAAAGCAUAGCCAAGCCCAGUGGAGAGACAGACCCCCAGAACCUGCAAAACACACUUCGACAAGUACAGCUGCUGCAGGACGAGCUGGCUGAGCGUUCGGUGCAGCUGGAGAAGGUGAAGAGAGCAGGCAGGGAUCUGGUCAGCACAGAUGAGUCUCCUUCUCUGAAGGCUGUGGACAUCCUCUGUGCUGCAGAUGGUUUAGAGAAGAGGUUUGGCUCCCUCUCUGCGUCUGUGUCAGACCGGGCCGAGCAGCUGCAGACAGCUGUGGCCCAGUCAGUCAGCGUCCAGGAGGGGCUCAAGGGUCUGCUAAGCUGGCUGGACAAACUGGUUCUGAAUCCUGUACCAGUCGAACCCACUGCACAGGCUGUACAAGACGCCCUGACACAGAACCAGAAACUUCGUCAGGAGCUGCUGUCCAGGCAGGGCAGCGUGGAAGCAACACGGGACUCUGUUUCCAAACUCCUUCAGAGCUCUGACGCCUCUACAGCCUCUGGCCUCCAGGGUGCUUUAGAUGAGCUGACAGAGCGCUACACUGCAGCACAGGCUAGCCAGGCGGAGAGGGAGGCUGAGCUCAAAGGACUAUUGCCCAGACUAGAGAGCUACGAGCGACUGGGGACAGACCUCCAGGUCUUCACCCAGAGCCGGCUAAAGGCUCUGAGCCCAGUGGGCCAGCCAGACCGCAGCAUGGAUGACUACAGACAGACCAUUGAGGAGGUCAGGUCUGAGCUGGAGCAGGAAGCUGGCCAGCUGAAAUCCUUCUGCAACCUCGGCAAUGAGCUCAGCCAAUCAAAAGCCUUCACUAACACUCAAAGCUUAUUGGAUAAUGUCAAAGGGGUGUCUGAUGAGUUCACCCAACUUGAAGCCGAUGUCAACGAAAGGUUUGCUGCCAUCCAGGCCUGUGAGCAGCAGCUGCUCCAGUUCCGCAGCCUCUCUGGCUCCCUCCUCAGGUGGCUUCAGACAGCACAGGACCAGCUGCCUUCCAAAGAGGCCAACCUUACCACAGAGGGCCUGCAGAGAAGAGUCCAGCAGCUCACGGACUUGUUGAAUGACUGGGAGUCACAACGAUCAAGGGUUCAGGAGCUGAACAAGACAGGCUCAGAGCUGGAGUCCCUCAUCAUCGACAUAACCGCUCCUCAGACCAAAACUGGUGCUCCUCAAAUCAAUGGCUCAGCAGGUCCCAGCAGUGUCAAUGGCAUUCACACCUGUAAAGACCUGACAGAGCUCCAGGUAGCCGUAUCUGAUGUAAACGGUCGAUACGAGAUGUUGGGUGGGGAGUUGAAGGAGCGUCUUAGUCGCCAGCAGGCCUCACUGGAGCUGAGGCAGAAGGCCAGGCAGGGCACUGAGGAGCUCAAGAGCUGGCUGACAGACAGAGAGCACAGUCUGAAACAGGGACAGACCGCCUCCCCCUCCAGACCUGAAGUGGUGCGUGCCCAGGCCCAGGAGAACAAGGCCCUGCUUUCAGAGAUGGCUGAACACUCUGAGAAGGUAGAGGAUCUGAAGAGCACACUGAGGAAGCUGAUUGCUGACAAUCCUGAUUCUCCUGAGGCAGACAGCUGGAGACAGCAGCUAGAAGAGAUAGACUCCCGCUGGCAGACGGCCAAUCAGACUGCAGCUCAGAGGCAGACAGAGCUGGAGACUUGUGCCGAUAGGCUGGGCAGCUUUGCCUCAGCAGCCAAUCAGCUGGGCCCGUGGUUGAGGGAAAAGGAGCUGAUGAUGAGCGUGCUGGGACCAUUGAGCAUCGACCCCAACAUGCUCAACACACAAAAACAACAAGUACAGUUUAUGCUGCGUGAGUUUGAGACCAGACGGCCACAGUUUGACCAGCUAACCCAGUCUGCUGAGGGAAUCCUCUCCCAGACUGGUGACUCUGCUCAGGACCCCAAGGACCUGGCAGAGGUGCGGGCUGAACUGGGUUCCAUCUCCCAGCAGUGGGAGGACCUAACAAGCCGACUGAGUCAGCGGUCAAACCACAUCGACCAGGCCCAAGGAACCAGUGAACGUUACCAGGCCUUGCUCAGAGAGCUCUCCUCCAGUGUUUCCACCCUGAGCGAACGGUUGGAUGCGCAGGCCUCACUGAGCGCCCAGCCCGAGGCGCUGAAACGCCGCCUGCAGGAAACCGGAGAGAUCCGUUCAGAGCUGGAGAGGCGGCGGACUGAGCUGGCAGAGGCUGAGAGGCUCUGCCAGGAGCUGAGCACCAUCGUAGCUGAACCCUACCUGAAGGAAGAGCUGAGCAAACGACUGGAGAGUGUCAGUGGGCCGCUGAAGAGUUUAGAGGAGCGCGCAGCUGAUGGUCUGUCUCAGCUUCAGACUGCCCUGUCGUCCACUCAGCAGUUCCAGCAGAUGUUUGAGGAGUUGCGCUCCUGGCUGGACAAGCAGGCAGAUCCCAGAGAAUCAUCCACCGACUCUCUGCCCUGUCAGCCUGAGGCUAUCCGCUCCCUGCUGGCACAGACAGGUGAACUCCAGCGCGCCAUCGCCAGUCAGCGAGGUUCCUACGAGCUGAUUCAAGCCGAGGGAGUGUCACUGCUCGCCACUCUGCCCCCAGGCGGAGACGAACGAUCUGCCCUGCAGUCUCGCCUGGCCUCCUUGAGACAGGACUGGGAGGGGCUGAACCAGAGAAUCUCAGAUCGAGAGAGCAGACUGAAGACCACCCUGAGCAAAGCAGACACCUACCAGCAACACAAAGCUGAGCUAACACCAUGGUUAGCAGAGUGUGAACAGAAAGAUGGAGAGAUCCAGCCAUCACUGGACCCAACCGCCCUGGACGAGGCUAUGCAGAAGGCUCGAGGUCUAUCUCUGGACCUCGAAAGACGACAACCUCUCCUGGAGGCCUUCAAUACUGCAGCAGAUCAGCUGCUGGAACAAUGCUGCAUCGGAGAGGAAGAGAUACGAGAUGAGAAGGCCCAGCUGAACCGCAGGGUGGACAAACUGGGCGAGAGGCUCCAUACCCGCACAUCCCAGCUGGAGGAGCUUGCUGGCCGCCUGAAGGAGUUUGAAGAGGGCAGACAAGCUGCAGAGAGGAGGCUGGAAGCCGCCAAGCACCAGAUUGAAGUCCAGGAGGCCCUGGGACCACAGGCAUGCAGUGCUAAGAGCUUGGAGCGGCUGAGAAGUCAGCAGGAGAAUCUAAGAUCCAUGAAACCUCAGGUGGUGUACCUCCGAGACCUGGCCCAGGGGCUUGUACAGGACUCGCCACAGACACCAGGAGGCAGCACUGAGGGGGCACAGAGGCUCCAGGAGCAGGCCAGAGAAACAGAGAAAGAGUAUGAUGAUGUUACUGACAAGAUCGAGCAGUGCUGCUCCUCCCUGGAGUCUCGACUGCAGGGCGUCGGCGAGGUCCAGUCUCAUGUGCGUGAUGUCUUCUCACGCCUUGCCGACCUUGAUGAUGAACUGGACUCCCUCAGUCCCGUUGGACGCGACGCAGACUCGCUGGCCUCACAGGCUGACGCCCUGAAGGGCUUCUUGUCCCGUCUGGCCAACCUCAGGACGGAGCUGGAGGGUCAUGCAUCAGAGUGCACCACCAUGCUGCAAAGAGAAGGCUCUUCCCCUGACCUCCUGGCUCUCAGGAGGGAGACAGAGGCUCUGAGCCGCCAGGCCGGCAAGCUAAGCGAGCGUGGUCAGGCCAGGUUUGACCAGAUAGAGGACGCUGCUGAGAGGGUUCGGGAGUUCUACAGGCAGGUGGCUGAGCUGCAAGGUCUGCUGGGAAGGGCAGAAGAGGGACUGAACGCACAGGGCAUAGUUGGCACAGAGGUGGAGAUGAUCAAACAGCAGCUGCAGGAGUUCAAGGCCGUGGAGAGACAGCAGGUGGACAGCAUACAACCAAAGCUACAGCAUGUCAACGCAGUGGGUCAGGGUCUGAUCCAGAGUGCCGCCAAACACACCGACACCCAGGCGCUGGAGCACGACCUGGAGACCACCAACCUCCGAUGGAAUUCACUAAACAAGCGGGUGGCAGAGCGGAUCGCCCAGCUCCAGGAGGCCCUGUUGCAUUGUGGGAAAUUCCAAGAUGCUCUGGAGCCUCUGCUAAGCUGGCUGAGUGACACAGAAGAGCUGGUGGCCAAUCAGAAGCCUCCAUCUGCCGAGUACCGUGUGGUCAAGGCCCAGAUCCAAGAGCAAAAGUUGCUCCAGAGGCUGUUAGAUGACCGCCGGCCGACGGUGGAGAUGAUUCGUGCUGAGGGAGAAAGGAUCGCAGCCACAGCAGACACACAGGACCGAGAGAAGAUUCAGACCCAGCUCCAGAGUCUGGCAGAGAGAUGGACUGAGCUGCUUGACAAAGCCGGUGCCAGGCAGAGGCAGUUGGAGGAGCUGCAGGUUUUGGCUCUUCACUUCCAUGAAGCCCUGGAGCCACUGGGAGAAUGGCUGAGUGCCACCGAGAGACGCCUGAGCUCUGCAGAGCCCAUGGGAACCCAAACGGCCAAGAUCACCCAGCAGAUCAUCAAACACAAGGCACUCCAAGAGGACGUGUCCUCACGUGAAGCCGAGGUUGAUCGCCUCGAGUCCCUUAGCCAAUCGCUGACCCCGCUCAGCUGCACGGCUGACCGUGAUUGGUUAAGUGAGCGGGUGGGGGCGGUGAGGUCAGGUCACUCGGAGCUUGCCGAUUGGUGUACGAGGCGGGCGGGUUUGCUGGAGCAGGCGCUGGCUAACGCCCAGCUGUUUGGGGAGGAUGAGGUAGAGGUGCUGAACUGGCUGGCAGAGGUGGCUCAGAGGCUGGCUCAGGUCUCCGUCCAGAGUUACCAGCCUCAGCUGCUGGCCGAGCAGCACAAACACGCUCUGUCUCUAAAUGAAGAGAUUUUAAGCAGGAAGAAGACAGUUGACCAAGCCAUCAAGAAUGGACAAGCUUUACUCAAACAGACCACCGGUGAGGAAGUCCUCCUGAUCCAGGAGAAGCUGGACGGCAUCAAGUCUCGCUACGCUGAGAUGACGGCUGGCAGCAGCAAGGCCCUCCGAACCCUGGAGCAGGCGCUGCAACUGGCCACACGAUUCGCCAGCGCCCACGAAGACGUCAACCAGUGGCUGGAUGGCGUGGAGGCGGAGCUCAACAAUGUGGAGCCUGACGCUACACCCACAUACCAGGAAAGACAGAAGGAGCUAAAGAAAGUUUCCGCAGAGAAGCGUCUGGUGUUGGAUACGGUGAACGAGGUGGGCAGCGCCCUGUUAGAUCUGGUGCCGUGGCGAGCCCGCGAGGGCCUGGACCGCCUGGUCGCUGACGCCAACCAGCGCUACCGCCAGGCUGAUGAAACCAUCACUCAGCGUGUGCAACUGGUACAAGCUGCCAUCCAGAGGUCACAACAGUAUGAGGAGGCAGUGGAUGCAGAGCUGGCCUGGGUCGGGGAAACAGAGCGUAAAUUGGCGUCUCUAGGGCCCCUGAGCCUGGAACCUGACGUGACGGUAGCCCAGCUGCAAGUGCAGAGGGCCUUCAACAUCGACAUCAUCCGACACAAAGACACUGUGGAUCAGCUUCUCAGCACCAGAGACGACAUCCUGGAAACCUGCAGUGACGCACAGAAGGACGCACUGAUAGUAAAGACAGAUUCUCUCAGUGCUCGUUAUGAUGCAGUUAGCCAGAGCCAUAGUGAGCGGUUCUCAGCUCUGGAGCAGGCCCAGGUUUUGGUCGCACGGUUCUGGGAGACGUAUGAAGAACUGGAGCCGUGGUUGGGCGAGACUGAAACCCUCAUCACGCAGCUGCCACCACCAGCCAUAGACACAGAUGCUCUCCGACUGCAACAAGACCAGAUGAGGCUGCUCAGGGAGUCUAUUGCAGAGCACAAGCCCCACAUCGACAAGCUACUGAAGAUUGGACCCCAGCUGGCCGAGCUCAGCCUCCAGGAGGGGGCGACGGUGACGCAGCGCUACACCGAAGCCGAGAGACGCUACCUGGCCAUCAAAGAGGGAGUUAAAGGUCGUGCAACAACCCUAGAUGAGGCAGUGUCCCAGUCUGCGCAGCUGGUAGAGUUUCAUGACAAGAUGGACCCCCUGUUGGAGACCCUGGAGGGGGCGGUCCAGCGGCUGCGGCAGCCUCCCUCUGUUGCGGCGGAGGUGGAGAAAAUCAGGGAGCAGCUGGCAGAGCACCGAGCCCAGGGGCUGGAGCUGGACAAACUGCUGCCAAGCUUCUCCGCCCUCUGUGCCCGCGGAGAGGAGCUCAUCGGACGAGCUGCUCAUGACGAUCCUGCUGCUCAGGCCGUUCGUUCCCGCCUCCUGCGCUUGCGCUCCUUGUGGGAUGAGAUCCGUCAGCGAGCCGAAGAGAGGGAGGGGAAGCUGAAUGACGUCUUGGACCUGGCAGGAAAGUUCUGGGCCGAUGUGGCGGCGCUACUGAGCACACUCAGAGACUCCCAAGAUAUUGUGAAAGAGCUGGAGGACCCUGGUGUGGACCCCUCACUCAUCAAACAACAAAUUGAGGCAGCUGAGGCCAUAAAGGCAGAGACAGAUGGUCUCAGGGAGGAGCUGGAGUUUGUCAGGACCCUCGGAGCUGACCUCAUCUUUGCCUGUGGAGAAACUGAGAAACCUGAAGUCAAGAAGACCAUUGAUGAGAUGAAUGCUGCCUGGGAGGGUCUGAACCGGACAUGGAGAGAGAGGAUGGAGAGACUGGAGGAGGCCAUGACAGCAUCUGUGCAGUAUCAGGAUGCACUGCAGUCUAUGUUUGACUACCUGGACAACGCAGUCAUCAAGCUGUGCGACAUGUCGACUGUGGGAACUGAUCUGGGAACUGUCAAACAGCAAAUCGAAGAGCUCAAGCAGUACAAGGUGGAGGUCUACCAGCAGCAGAUUGACAUGGAGAAGCUCUGCCACCAGGGGGAGCUGCUGUUAAAGAAGGUGUCAGAUCAGACAGACAGGGACAUGAUCCAGGAGCCACUCACUGAGCUCCGACAUCUGUGGGACAACCUGGGGGAUAAAAUCACCCACAGACAGCACAAGCUGGAGGCUGCUCUGCUGGCCCUGGGUCAGUUCCAGCAUGCCCUGUCUGAGCUGCAGGCCUGGCUAAACCACACACACACCACUCUGGACACACAGCGACCGGUCAGCUCUGACCCCAAGGCCAUCGAAAUCGAGCUGGCUAAACACCACGUUUUGCGUAAUGAUGUGCUAUCCCAUCAUGCCACGGUGGAGACUGUGAACGGUGCUGGCACUGAGCUGCUGGAGUCCUCUCCUGGCGAUGAGGCCAGCCACCUGAGGGACCAGCUGGAUCAGCUCAACCAGAGCUGGGAGAGCCUACUGCUCAAGACCCAGGAGCGGCAGAAACUACUAGAGGCCGCCCUGCACCAGGCUGAAGGUUUCCAUGGCGAGUUGGAAGAGUUCCUCCAGUGGCUGAGGAGGACGGAGAGCCAGCUGUCUGCUGCCAAACCAACAGGCGGUCUCCCUGAAACAGCCAGGGAGCAGCUACAGCAACACAUGGAGCUUCAGACCCAGCUGACUCAGCGAGCAGACCAGUACCACCGCCUGCUAGAUCAAGGAGAGUCCAUGCUGCUGGCUCGUGGAGGAGAGGAGGCAGGACCCGGUACCACCCAGACCCAGCAGAACCUGAGCAUGCUGCAGAACAAGUGGGCCAGCCUCAACACCAAGAUGGAUGACCGCAGGGCAAAGUUGGAUGAGGCUGUUUCCUUGGCAACGGGUUUCCAGACCUCUCUGCAGGACACCAUCAACUGGCUGACCCAGGCUGAACAGACACUGAACAUGGCCCAACCCCCAAGCCUCAUUCUGGACACUGUCCUGUUCCAGAUCGAUGAGCACAAGGUGUUUGUGAAUGAAGUGAACACCCACAGAGAGCAGGUCCUGGCUCUGGAGAAGGCCGGCUCUCAGCUUCGCUUUGCCAGCUUGAAGCAGGACGUUGUUCUUAUCAAAAACCUGCUGCUCAGUGUCCAAGCCCGCUGGGACAAGCUGGUCCAGAGGUCACUGGACCGAGGCCGACACCUCGAUGAGGCCCGAAAACGUGCCAAACAGUUCCACGAGGCCUGGAGGAAGCUGACAGACUGGCUAGAAGAAGCCGAGAAAAGACUGGACUCAGAGCUGGAGAUCUCCAACGAGCCAGACAAGAUCAAAGUCCAACUGGCCAAACACAAGGAGUUUCAGAAAGCUCUGGGGUCGAAACAGCCCGUUUACGACACUACAGUGAGAUCUGGUAAGGCCAUGAGGGACAAGGCACAGCUGCCUGCGGACACCCAGAAACUGGACCACCUGGUGGGAGAGGUCCGCGACAAGUGGGACACUGUCUGUGGCAAGAGUGUAGAGAGACAACACAAGCUGGAGGAGGCUCUGCUGUUCUCAGGCCAGUUUGCAGAGGCUCUCCAGGCCCUGGUGGACUGGUUGUAUCGGGUAGAGCCUCAGCUGGCUGAAGACCAGCCCGUCCAUGGAGAUCUGGAUCUGGUGUCCAACCUCAUGGACUCACAUAAGGCUUUCCAGAAAGAGCUGGGUAAGAGAACCAGCAGUGUUCAGGCUCUGAAGCGCUCAGCUCGGGAGCUGAUGGAUACCGGCCGCGAUGACACAGCAUGGGUCAAAGUUCAGCUUCAGGAGCUCAGCAACCGCUGGGAUACAGUGUGUGCCCUCUCCGUCACAAAGCAAACCCGCCUCCAGCUGGCACUCAAACAGGCAGAGGAGUUUCGUACAGCGGUGCAGGUGCUUCUGGAGUGGCUCUCUGAGGCGGAGCAGACGCUUCGUUUCCGCGGCGUCCUUCCGGAAGAGGCAGAGACUCUGCAGGCGCUGCUGCACACACAUCGUGACUUCAUGGGGACCGUGGAGGAGAAGAGGACGGAUGUCAACAAGGCUGCUGGCAUGGGAGAGGGCAUUCUGACUGUUUGUCACCCUGACUCCAUCACCACCAUCAAACACUGGAUCACCAUCAUCAGGGCACGCUUCGAGGAGGUGCUGACAUGGGCCAAACAGCAUGAGCAGCGGCUAGAGACGGCUCUGACUGAGGUGCUCAAUAAUGCCAACCUGCUGGAGGAGCUGUUGUCAUGGCUACAGUGGGCUGAGACCACAUUGGUCCAGAGAGACACAGAGCCGCUUCCUCAGGACAUCCCACAACUCAAAACACUCAUCACAGAACACCAGAUGUUUAUGGAGGAGAUGACCAGGAAACAGCCAGAUGUCGACAAAGUUACAAAGACCUACAAAAGAAAACCAGCCGAGGCUCCGGGCAGCCUGGCUGAGAGAAGAGGAGCUCGCAAACAGCAGCAGCAGCAGCAGCAGCAGCAGGCAGCCAUGCAGGUCUCUGGAGGAAACCCACGACUCAACCAGCUCUGUGCCAGGUGGCAGCAGGUGUGGCUGCUGGCUCUUGACCGCCAGCGCAAACUCAAUGAUGGUCUGGACAGGCUGGAGGAGCUCAAAGAGUUUGCCAACUUUGACUUUGAUGUGUGGAGGAAAAAGUACAUGCGCUGGAUGAACCAUAAGAAGUCUCGUGUCAUGGACUUCUUCAGACGCAUCGACAAGGACCAAGACGGAAAGAUCACACGGCAGGAAUUUAUCGACGGCAUCCUGGCUUCAAAGUUUCCCACCAGUAAGCUGGAGAUGACAGCUGUGGCAGACAUCUUUGACAGAGAUGGAGAUGGUUACAUAGACUACUACGAGUUUGUUGCUGCUUUGCAUCCCAACAAGGACGCCUACAGACCCACCACUGAUGCUGAUAAGAUAGAGGAUGAGGUAACUCGGCAGGUGGCCCAGUGUAAAUGUGCCAAGAGGUUCCAAGUGGAGCAGAUAGGAGAGAACAAAUACCGGUUCUUCCUCGGAAACCAGUUCGGUGACUCUCAGCAGCUUCGUCUGGUGAGGAUUUUGCGCAGCACAGUGAUGGUGAGAGUUGGAGGUGGUUGGAUGGCUCUGGACGAGUUCCUGGUCAAAAACGAUCCAUGCAGAGUGCAACAUCCAGGACUUAAGAUUCUCCGCUCCGAUUCCAGUAGCUCCAUCUCAUCUCGUAUAGUGACAGUCACUCCUGGCUAUUUCUGCUGCCGAGCUCGUGGUCGCACCAACCUGGAGUUGAGGGAGAAGUUUAUCCUUCCUGAAGGAGCGUCUCAGGGUCUGGCUGCCUUCCGCUCCCGGGGUCGGCGCUCGAAACCGGGCUCCCGCAACGCCUCGCCCACCCGCUCCUCCUCCUCGGCCUCCCACAGCGGUGCCUCCCUGCCUUCUGCUCCAUCUGCCCCCGCCACACCGACAGCCUCCGCAUCAUCCAGGUCCUCCCAUACUCACUCGCGUGACUAUGCCAAGCCCUGGCUGGCACACAGUAAAACUCCAACGCCAACCAAGUGCCACUGCUGCCCAGAUCUCGGCCACACCACUCCUGGGCACGAGGGGGCGGCGUCGGGGUCCAAACUAAAGAGGCCGACGUUCCACUCGAGCCGAGGCUCGCUGACUGGAGAGAACGGGGGAACGACACACACCAGCAAACCAUCCCGCAGCGAUCCGAAGCGAGGGGCUUCCACCGUCAGCGGUCCCACCAGCCGAGCCGGCAGUCGGGCAGGCAGCAGAGCCAGCAGCCGCCGCGGCAGCGAUGCCUCGGAUGCAUCAGAGCUACAGGACGCUCGCUCGGUCUGCUCCGACGCCUCAGACACCCCACGACGACCCGGUGGCGGGGCAAAACCCUCCAAGAUUCCCACCAUCUCCAAAAAGGCCCCCAGCCCAAAGACCUCAGGGUCUGCGAAGAAAUAACACCAGCCACAGAGGGUGGACUGCUGUCGUCGGCCAUUUUGGGUGUACCAGCUCUUCAAUCUGAGGUCCAUCCAUCCAUAGGGCUUGUGCAGAAUUUGUGCACUAUGACUAACAUUUUCCAGGGGAAAGAAGGAGAAGGAUAGGAUGAGUGAAUCUCCCUCUCACUCUUUCCCCGGUCUCACAAACGGACCGAAAACAUGCAGAGGAGCAGAGUUCUGGUCUGGCAGUCCCAGGCCAGAGUCGGUGGGGUCGAAACAGACUUUUCCCCUUUAAGAAGCGACCCCGUUUUGCCUUUCAGCCUCCUGCUUCGUCUUUCAAAAGUUCCCCGCUAGUGUGGAACCAAACACCGACGGACUUGACGUGAUGCUGCCUUACUUUGUGUUACUCUCUUCUGUCCCGAUCAGACGGAGCAGCGGAGAAGUCUUUAAACUGCUUUGUACCACACUGACACACAAAUACACACAUUUUAACACAGAGGCGGGGUAGGGAGUGGGACACACCACCACCACCACCACCACCACGGCUACAAAAACAAAAAAAACGACAUUCAGGAAAAAAAAAAGAAUUGUGGGUUAUUAUUUUGGCUUGUGGGCCAGAUGCUUCAACGAUGAGUUCAAAAAGAAAUAUGCAACGACUGCCAUGUCGCUUCCUCCUGACUGGUUGGCAAGAAAAACCGUCACCUCAGCAGAUCUGCAGAAGCGGACGCCGCACGUGGAGGGCUCAGGAGGCGGAAACGCUGUCCGACACACACACCGGCAAACCUCAGACUCGGAGGAUCGGUGGCGGCGGCGGCGGCGGUGCUGCUGCAGCUGAGGGCAAACACUCACACACUCAAACACCGCAGAGCAGACUCCUCCCGACCGCUGGAACGCUAAGACCGGCCUCGUGUGUGCAUUUCAGCAAAGGGCGGUGUGGUUUUGUCACACGCCGGUGUAACAAUCCAACACACAGAAAUCACAAACUGGCAAUAUAAAGGACUAUUUUUAUGGUGACACACUCAACUAACAGCACAUUACUGACAAUAUACGACCUGUAUAACCUAACCCGAUGUUAAUGACCGUGUUCGCGGAGUUCGACAACCAGCAUGCACUAAUUGUCUCUUCCUCUGCAGUUCCACCUUAAUGUCUACACUGUGUUGCCCUUAGCAACCCAGCAGCACACACACACACACACACACUGUGGUGUGUAUCGUGUGUCAUUGUUACAGGAAACGAUAAGAGGUCAUUGACUUGAGUCACUGUAUGCAAAAAUUUUGAUUUGCGAAUGUCAUUUUGUUUUUCUUCUCAUUGUUUUCUGGUUAAUUUAUAAUCCAGUUGUACUUUUGUUAUCUAGCUUGAAAGACAAAUCUAUUUAUUUUUCAGUUUCAUGUCAUAUCACCAGUGGCGGAGAGUGAUUUAGUAUUAUGGUUAAAGAAAUUGUGAUUUUUGUACCAAGGAAAUGUCCGCUCCGCUCUUUGACAUCAUUCGUGUGUAAAGUGUGUUUCUACUUCAUUGUAACAUUAUUCACUAGGUCGCUGAUUCUAGUGGCAGCCUUGUUUGUCCAUUUUUCUCUUUUGCUAAUGACUACAAUUCCCAGACCAUGACCAAAGGGGUUUGCCCUUCAUGUGUAGAGAGAACUACAAAUAUGAAUGACAGGAGACCUGUGCAGAGUGGACCAAUGAGAGCGGGUUUCCUCCCUCAUGUCCCUCCCCGGCGUCUCUUCUUCUAGGCUUUUUUUCAAAUGUCCUGUCGUUGAUGGGGCCGAGUUGUCUCUGUGUUAUCUCAGUGUAAGAGAUGAAGUUUAUGAAAAACUAAAGAAAAUGACAGUAAGAAAGAAGACAUCUUAAGGUGAUUUUUAUUUAUUUAUUGUCUCUCUGAGGGAGUCUGGACUCGGGGCGCGGGAGGCGAGUCCGCCACCUUUUGAUGCUGUGCUACUCUCAGUGUGAAGACGAGCGCGUUACUAGGAGUCAAUUGUGUAAAAGUAAAACAAAAAACUAAAAUUAUAAACAAUUUUUUGUUCUGUUUUUGUAUUAAAAAUAUGCUUGCAGUAAAACUCUC